CAGAUCCAGAAUGAGAAGAUUGAUAAAAGAAGCAACUAGCUGAGAAGCUAUAAGAUGCCCAAAUCUGGGUUCACAAAACCAGUGCAGAGUGAAAAUUCUGACAGUGACAGCAAUAUGGUAGAGAAACCAUGUGGAAGAAAGAGUAAAGACAAGAUUGCAUCCUAUAGCAAAACACCAAAAAUUGAUCGAAGUGAUGUGGGAAAAGAGAUGAAAGAGAAAUCUUCCAUGAAACGUAAACUUCCUUUUACCAUUAGUCCAUCAAGAAAUGAAGAGCGAGAUUCAGACACAGAUUCAGAUCCAGGACAUACAAGUGAAAAUUGGGGGGAGAGACUUAUAUCUUCUUACAGGACAUACUCAGAGAAAGAAGGUCCAGAAAAGAAGAAGACAAAAAAGGAAGCUGGAAAUAAGAAAUCUACACCAGUUAGCAUUCUUUUUGGUUAUCCACUGUCUGAGCGAAAGCAGAUGGCACUGCUUAUGCAGAUGACAGCAAGAGACAACAGUCCAGAUUCUACGCCAAAUCAUCCAUCACAAACAACACCAACCCAUAAGAAAACUCCCAGUUCCUCAUCUCGACAGAAAGAUAAAGUUAAUAAAAGAAAUGAACGUGGUGAAACUCCUUUACAUAUGGCAGCUAUUCGAGGAGAUGUGAAACAAGUCAAAGAAUUAAUAAGUUUAGGGGCAAAUGUGAAUGUGAAAGAUUUUGCAGGUUGGACACCACUGCAUGAAGCUUGCAAUGUUGGAUAUUAUGAUGUUGCUAAGAUACUUAUAGCAGCUGGAGCAGAUGUUAACACGCAAGGAUUAGAUGAUGAUACACCACUCCAUGAUUCUGCUAGUAGUGGGCACAGAGAUAUAGUGAAACUAUUACUUCGUCAUGGUGGAAACCCAUUUCAAGCUAAUAAACACGGGGAGCGUCCAGUGGAUGUAGCAGAAACAGAGGAGUUGGAAUUGCUGCUAAAAAGAGAGGUGCCUUUAUCUGAUGAUGAUGAAAGUUACACAGAUUCUGAAGAGGCUCGAUCUGUAAAUCCUUCCAGUGUUGAUGACAAUAUUGACUCUGAAACAGAGAAAGACUCUCUCAUCUGUGAAAGUAAACAAAUAAUUCCCAAUAAAGCACCUCUUCCAUCUGCCCUUGAUGAGUAUGAGUUCAAAGAUGAUGAUGAUGAAGAAAUAAAUAAAAUGAUUGAUGAUAGGCAUAUUCUUAGGAAAGAUCUACGAAAAGAGAAUGAAUCUGAAAUAGAAAAGAACAAUUUAUUUUCAAAACAGGAAAAAGCUUUCUAUCCUAAAUCAUUUAAAAGUAAAAAACAGAAAUCAUCUAGAGUUUUGUAUUCAAGUUCUGAAAGUUCAGAUGAAGAAGUUCUUCAAAAUAAAAAGAUUUCUACUCCAUGUUCUGUCCCUGAAACAUCAAAUUCUGACAUACAGACCAAAAAGGAGUAUGUGGCAUCAAAUGAACACAAGCAAAAAGGCAAAGUUAAAAGAAAAUUAAAGAACCAGAACAAGAAUAAAGAGAACCAAGAGCUGAAACAAGAAAAAGAGGGGAAAGAAAAUACCAGAGUAACAAACUUGACAGUUAGCCCUGCAUUAGAUUGUUCAGAGAAGACCAGAGAGGAAGGGAAUUUUAGGAAAUCAUUUAGCCCAAAAGAUGAUGCUUCAUUACAUUUAUUUCAUAUUUCCACUGGAAAAUCUCCUAAACAUUCUUGUGGACUAAGUGAAAAGCAAUCAACACCACUAAAACAAGAACAUACUAAGACAUGUUUGUCACCAGGAAGUUCUGAAAUGUCAUUGCAAUCUGAUCUUGUUCGAUAUGAUAAUACAGAAUCUGAAUUCUCACCAGAAAGCUCAAGUGUAAAAUCUUACAAGCAUAAGGAAAAAAGCAAACAUCAGAAAGAUUUCCACUUAGAAUUUGGUGAAAAAUCAAAUAGCAAAGUAAAGGAAGAAGAUCAUAGUCCAACAUUUGAAAAUUCAGACUGCACACUGAAAAAAAUGGAUAAAGAGGGUAAAACAUUGAAAAAACAUAAAUUGAAACAUAGAGAAAAAGAGAAGCACAGAAAAGAAACUGAAGGUGAAAAAGAAAAAUACAAAAGUAAGGAUUGUGCUAAAGAGCUGCAGAGGAAUGUGGAAUUUGAUAGAGAAUUUUGGAAAGAGAAUUUUUUUAAAAGUGAUGAAACUGAGGAUCUUUUUUUAAAUAUGGAACAUGAGAGCCUAACCCUAGAAAGAAAAUUAAAGUUGGAAAAAAAUAUAAAAGAUGAUAGAUCAGCCAAGGAAAAGUAUAUCUCAAAAGAGAGAAAUUUUAAGGAAGAACGGGAAAAGAUUAAAAAAGAAAAUGAGAAAUCUUUUAGGGAAGAAAAAGUAAAAGAUUUAAAAGAAGAGAGAGAAAGUGUAUCCACAGAUAGAGAAACAGAAUUCAGUUCUUUGAGUAUAAGUGCUAAAGAGGAACCUAUAGAGUUACAUUCAACAGAAAAGGAAAUAGACAUUGAAAAACAAGACAAGCAUUUAAAGGAAAAUAAGGAAAAGUUUGAGAAACGAUUUCAAAGUAAAGAAAAGGACAUUGAAAAAACUGACAAAAAACAUUCUGAAAAAGAGAAGAAGAUAAAACACGAUCACAAGUCAGAGAAAGACAAAUUAGAUCUCAGUGAAUGUGCCGAUAGAAUUAAAGAAAAGGACAAGCUAUAUUCACAUCACACAGAGAAAUGCCAUAAAGAAGGUGAAAAGAUAAAAAAUAUGACUUCCAUUAAAAAAACUGAUGAUAGAAAGAAAAGUAGAGAAAAGAUGGAUAGGAAACAUGACAAAGAAAAAACUGAAAAAGAGAGGUAUCCUGCAGAAAGCAAAGAAAAGCAUUUGAUGGAGAAAAAAAAUAAACAAUCAGAUAAUAGUGAAUACAUGAAAUCAGAAAAGGGCAAAAAUAAGGAAAAAGAUAAAGAGGUAGAUAAAAGGGAAAAAUCUAAAGAUAAAGAAAGUGUAAAUACAACUAACUCUAAACACUUACAGGAAGAGAAGAAGUCAAGUAUAACAGAGAGUAGUAAAGCACAACAUGAAAAAUCCUUAUCCCUUAAAGAAAAAACAAAAGAUGAACCUUUGAAAACUCCAGAUGGGAAAGAAAAAGAUAAAAAAGAUAAAGAUAUAGAUAGAUACAAAGAACGAGACAAACAUAGGGAUAAAAUCCAAAUAAAUAGUUUACUCAAACUAAAAUCUGAAGCAGAUAAACCUAAACUUAAGUCUUUACCAGCAUCAAAAGAUUCUCGACCUAAAGAAAAGAGGUUAGUUAAUGAUGAUUUAAUGCAAACAAGUUUUGAAAGAAUGCUAAGCCUUAAAGACCUAGAAAUAGAACAGUGGCACAAAAAACAUAAGGAAAAAAUUAAGCAAAAAGAAAAGGAACGGUUGAGAAAUCGUAACUGUUUAGAACUUAAAUUAAAAGAUAAAGACAAAGCAAAGCAUUCACUAGCUGAAUCCAAAAGUAAAGAACUUACUAGGUCAAAAAGUUCAGAGCUGACUGAUGCUUAUGCUAGGGAGAAGCAGUCUAAAGAUGUUGUAAGUAACAGAUCACAAUCUCUUGACACCAAAAAUUUAAUGAAUUUAGGGAAGUCAUCCUUUGUUUCGGAUACUAACUUAAAUAGGUCUCCUAGAUCAGAAAGUGAAAAACCAGGUCUCAGCUCCAGAUCUGUAUCCAUGAUUUCAGUUGCUAGCUCAGAAGAUUCCUGCCAUACUACGGUGACAACCCCGAGACCUCCAGUUGAGUAUGACUCUGAUUUUAUGUUAGAAGGUUCAGAUUCCCAAAUGUCCUUUUCCCAGUCACCUUUUCUGCCAGUUGCCAAAUCUCCCGCCCUUCAUGAAAGGGAGUUGGAUAGCCUGGCUGAACUGCCAGAGCGGAUUAAACCAACAUACACAAACAGAUUUCCAACAUCCCACCUCAGGUCAUCUUCCGUAGAAGAUGUUAAACUAGUUAUAAAUGAGGGUAGACCUACCGUAGAAGUUCGAAAAUGUAGCAUCCCAUCUGUCGUUUGUGAACAUGCAAAGCAAUUCCAAACGUUAUCAGAAGAAAGCAAUCAAGGUAACUUACUAGCUGGGCUGAGAGAUACUUGCCUUUCUCCCAAACCUGACAUAGCCUCCAAUGUGCCUGAAAGAGACCUUUCAAAUAUGUCUAACAUACAAUCCAGUUUUGCAGUGUCUCCAACUAGGGCUGUAAGCAGCAAAUAUAUUCCAGCUGAUAUCAAAAUUACUGCUCCAAUAAACACUUUAUUGGAAAGUCCUGGGCAGUUACAGCUGUCUAAUCAGAUUGGUGUGAUCCAGAAUAAAUCAUGGGAGCUACCUGCUGACAGACUGGAGUCAUUAAGCACCAAUGACUUUACCUGCCUAAAUUCUAAUGCCCCUGAUCAAGAUUCCUUUGGUCAGGGUUUCUGUAAUUCUGAAAACAAAAUACUGAAAGAACAAAAUACUGAUUUUUCAUCUCUACACCAGUCCGAACUGACAGGAAAUUCUUGUGCUCAGGACCCAGCAUCCUUUAUGCCUUCACAACCACCUUGCUCUUUCCACAGCCAAUCACUUUCAGAUGCAGAAUCUACUUCUAAACAUAUGUCUUUGUCAUAUGUUGGCAAUCAAGAACCAAGUAUUUUACAACAAAAAAAUUCAGUUCAAAUGAACAGUUCUGUUUUAGAUACUGAUAGAGACUCUGCAAAAGAAAUGGAAAAUACUUUUGUCCCAGCAGAUGUUCCAAAGACAGAUGCCUUUGCCUCAGUAUACUCUGAAAGCACCUUUCAAGAAGCAGCACCAGCUUUUGAGAAGGCUAAUACUUUACCUGUAUUACCAUCAGAAAAGGACUUUAAUGGAAAUGAUGCAUCUUCCCAGUUAAAUACACAUUAUGCAUUUAGCAAACUAAUGUAUAAAUCUUCCAGUUGCCUUGAGGUUGAAAAUAGCACAACUGAUACUGAAAUUAUUUCACAUGAGAAAGGUAACAAGCUGGAGAGUUUCAUUUUAACUCAUUUGAAUGAUAAGUGUUCUGAUUUAUGUGAAAUGAAUGCAAGGAUGCCAAAAGAAAACCUAAAUGAACAAGAUCAUCCAAAGCAUUGUCCUGAAAGUGAAAAGUGUUUGCUUUCCAUUGAAGAUGAAGAAUCUGAACAAAACAUUUUAUCAAAUCUGGAAAGCCAUUCACAACAAUCAGUUCCACCAGAAAUCCAUAAAUAUAGUCAGUUCAUUAAAGUAGAAAUAGGAGAAAAUGCUGAAGAUGAAAAAACUGAAAACCAGACUCCUCAAAGAGUGACUAGAAACAGAACAAAUACAAUGGCAAAUCAAAGCAAACAGUUCCUUGCUGGCUGUGCACUGUUGUCGGAAAAAGACAAUGAAUCUUCAUCUCCCAGAGGAAGAAUAAGACUAACUGAAGAAGAGGAUCCUCAAGUUCACCAUCCACGGAAAAGGAAAGUGUCUCGUGUUCCUCAGCCUGUACAAGUGAAUCCCUUUUUACUACAAGCCAAAGAGAAAACUCAGCAAUCUCUGGCAGCCAUCGUAGAUUCUCUGAAAUUAGAUGAGAUUCAGCCAUACAGUUCAGAGAGAGCAAAUCCAUAUUUUGAAUACUUGCACAUAAGAAAAAAAAUUGAAGAAAAGCGUAAAUUGUUGUGUAGUGUUAUUCCUCAGGCACCUCAGUAUUAUGAUGAAUAUGUGACAUUUAAUGGAUCUUACCUCCUGGAUGGCAAUCCCUUAAGCAAGAUUUGUAUUCCCACAAUUACACCACCACCUUCACUGUCAGAUCCACUUAAGGAACUUUUUCGGCAGCAGGAAGUUGUGAGGAUGAAACUACGUUUGCAACAUAGUAUUGAAAGGGAAAAACUCAUUGUAUCCAAUGAACAGGAAGUUCUCCGAGUUCAUUACAGAGCUGCAAGAACAUUGGCAAAUCAAACACUGCCAUUUAGUGCUUGUACUGUUCUGCUGGAUGCAGAAGUAUAUAAUGUUCCACUGGACUCUCAGUCUGACGACAGUAAAACUUCUGUGAGGGAUCGUUUUAAUGCAAGGCAGUUCAUGUCUUGGUUACAAGAUGUGGAUGAUAAAUUUGACAAAUUAAAGACCUGCCUUUUAAUGAGGCAACAACAUGAAGCUGCAGCCUUAAAUGCUGUCCAGAGAUUAGAAUGGCAGCUCAAACUCCAGGAACUUGAUCCUGCUACCUACAAAUCCAUCAGCAUUUAUGAAAUCCAGGAGUUUUAUGUUCCCCUUGUUGAUGUCAAUGAUGACUUUGAAUUGACUCCUAUAUAACAGCCAUUACUUCUGGUGAUAUAUUCUUAAACUGAUGAGGCUUGAACAUUAAUCUGUGGAAUACUGCCUUUUUACAGAAAUGAUGAUAAUAUGCCUUUACACUUGUUAGUAAAGUUCAAUUUAAGUUGGUUAUGUAGUAAACACUGUCAUUUUAUUAAAAAAUGAAGAGGAUUAUUUUGGAUCUUAGAUCUAAACACAGUUCUAACUGAAAACUAUUAUUUAUAUUAACGAAAGGUAACUGUUGUAUUAGGGCAUGUUGGCCAACUGUGGUGGAUAUUUAAAAAAUUGAGACUGCUAACAGCGCUGGAAGUUGUUAGCAAUCUAAUUAAUGAGAUAACCACUAGUAUUCAAAUCUUUUUCAGGUUUUAUUAAAAAUAUAUCAGUAAGCUAAAAGGUUCAGUACCUACCAAAUAGUUUCUAAUGUGGAGGGAAAAUUUGGCACAAAGGUUCUUCAGUUUAUUAUACAUGUAAAUUAACUGUACAGUAUUCUUUUUGGAAGUUUUAAUAUUAUCCUCGUUUUUAAUAACUUAUUUUAUAUAUAUUGUGCAGAUGUAAAUCUUGUAAUUAAUGGUCAAAAUGUAUACGACGGGAUCGGUGGUAAAAACAUGUACAAAAGAAUAAUUGUAAAACUGUUUUGUCUAAUGUUCUUUUGGACCAAAGUUGUAGUUUGUAUGGUGUGCAGAAGUAGUGUGUUCAGGUAGCAGAACUUUAAUAAGGCAUGCAUGUGUUUGAGUUAGCUUGUUUCAUCACUGUAAGUGUAAAGAUUGUGACUUAGUUGUAUUGCAUGCUUCUAUAAUUUAACUCCAUAAUUGAUGCCUAAAACAGUGUCACGUGCUUCAUACUAGUCUCCUGUGAUAGUGCCUAUGACUUACUGUGUUAAACAUAUUAUUUAGAAUUAGUCAUACAAAAAAACUUAGCUCUUUUUUCAUCUCACAGUAGAGCCUAUUUCCCCCAAAAAAUGCCUUUGAAUGAAAAUUCUGAAAUUGUAAAUGUCUAUUUUAAUACUCAACUAUGAAAGAAUCUGUGACUAUAUGUAAAUAUGUCUAAUAAAUUUUAUUGUCAUGUUAAAUCAUUGUAAAACUUUUUUAUAUUUCUUAAAUGUAAUGUUUGAAGCUUAAUAACCUUUGCACUUUUGAAGUAAAAACUGAGUACUCAAAUCAAGAAAGAGAUAUAUUUGGUAGUUGAAAUAAGUAAAAGAGAUUUAGGUAUAUCUUAAUCGAUAUCAGCAGUGUUUGUGAAAUAUUGAUUAAUAUGUUGUAUUUUUUUCCUUGUAUCAAGAUGCAAAAUGUACAAUUUGCAGAAUUUUAUAAUUUAAAUAAAAUUUGAUAUGCUGUUUUGUAAUGAAAUAAUUAGCAAUAUACUUAGGAAAAGCCCAUUGUCUCUUAUAACAUGAUAGAAGUUAAAUAUCCAGGAUUAUUUCAGAUCUGAAACCUGCUGCUGAACUUGUUAAACACUUUUGAAAGAAAAAUUAGUGUAAAAUUAAUCCAUGAUUAUUUGAGAUUAAAGCUACAUAAUUUUCCACAAUAGUUUCUUGAAUUAUAAUACUGAAUGUUUUUUAUUCUAUUAGAGAAAAGUGAAAAGAAUAUAUGAGAAAUGAAAUGAUUUAAACUCAGCUUCCAAGUUGGAAAUUCCAGCUAAUAGGAGAAAAUGUAAAAUUGAAGUUUUUGAGUGCAAAGGUACAUAUUAAGCUUAGGGAUUUUUGAAUUUUCAUGUCAAUUUAUAUUUUAAUUCAUAUUGUACUUAGCAUGCGCAAUAUAGCAGCACAUGUAAAAAUUACACGGUGCAAUGACUUUAUUUUAAAGAUUGGAUGUAGUUCUCUUUAAAAAUCUAAGUGAGCGACUUUGGCCUUUUUUAUUGGAUAAAAUAGGGCCAAAAAGAGGCAGGGUGGAUUUUGAAGCACUGGUUUUGUUGAAGUUAAGUUUAUUAAGACUGGGAAUAUUGAAAGCUAAUUUAUAAAAGCAAUACUUUUUAAUAUGAAAAACUUACUACAAAUUUUGUUUAUUUUUUUGCCUGAAAAGGAAAUUUGAUGGGAUACUAUGGCAAAUCAUAAAAAUGAAAAAUUAAGCUUAUUGAGCAUUAAAGUAAUAGAAAAUACCAGAGGGGUAAGUUUAUAGAGCAUUUGGUUCUGAUGGUCCAACCAGAGAAGAAGGGAGGGGGAAAAAAAAUCACUGUUUGACCCCAUAGAACAAGCUAGAGAAAAGCAAAUGAGAAGGAAUCUGGCAUAUUUUAAUCAAACUGCUUUUUACCUUUUUAACAAUUCUCAGCCUCUUCAUUUGUACUUCAAAGAGCUAGAUCCUCUCUGCCAUGAUUCUGCCUUCUUCAAAUUUUGCUUUAUGAAAGGACUGGAAGCUAAUCGGCAUAGCUUAAAAGAAAAUUUAAUGCUUCCUCUUUGGGAACUUUAUAGUCAACUAAGUAGCUAAGGGCUUUUGGUAUUAAAGAUACCCUGAAGCUCUGAAAUCCUAGAAAAAUUUUGGAAUGGAGGAUAUGCCUAAGAGGGUUUUGGAUUCUGAAAGAAAAAUAAUGUUUAAUUUGAUCAGUGACUUUUUUUUUUAACUAUUCAAAUAUCAUGAACAAGAUACUAAAUUGUACUUAAGGAUUUGUAUUUCUUUAAAUCUUGUUCUAAAUCAUAUCUGUUUAAUAAAUGACUAGUUGAUAUUUGUGCAUGUUAUUUAAUAAAGAGUUAUAUUUUUAUAG